AUGAUUCCCCACAAAGAGCGACGACCUACCGCUUCGAUCAACACUACACCCCCAGAACUUCUCCAUCGUAUAUUUAAUUUUCUGCUCCACGCCAGGGAUCCAGAUGAACCGAAGGCUGCUCGCGUUGAUGACAUCCGCUCCCUUCGCUUAACAUGCCGAUGUUUCUGCCAAUGGGCCUCACCGCUGCUCAUCCCCGAAAUAAGUGUCUAUAUGACUGAGAAGUCUCUGGAACGCUUGAAAAAUGUUUCUCAGCACCAAUUGAUCAGAUCCGGGGUACGCAGCGUUCAUGUCAAGCUCCCAUACUAUGAACAACGAAUGGCGGCCGAUCUCACCCACUUUGCCUACUCUCACAUAGCAGGUAUGAGGAACCAUCUGGACCAUCUUGAAGAUGCGAUAUCUGGUGCACUGCAUGAGAGACUAUCCUACAACGUGCCAAAUUGGGUCAAUCACGAAGUAGUUGGGUUGGGCAAGGAUAUGAUUUCUGCUUGGAACUCACUUUUUACCGCAAAUCCAGAAGACCUACAGCGAGAUUCGGAUGAACACGUCAAGUUUAGGAAAAUCCUAACAGAUACCCAUCGUGAGUAUCAGCUUUUGUUUAAAGCGCAACAACAAAUGCGAGAGAACGGAAGUCUCCUCUCCACCGUUGCAUCUGCCAUGGCGAAAAUGCCUCAUGCCGAUAGGUUAGAAAUCACUGAUGGCGAAGAUGCUGUUCUGAGAGAUGCCUACCUCAUCGACCGAGACUACCGCAAAUCUCUAAGAGCAGUCAUGUUGAGACCUCAUACCUGGUCAGACGCUUCAAAUCUCUACCCGGACCCUGAUUUUGAACCACCGACCGAAUUCUUACACAGGGUUCCAGCUGCAAUACACAGAGCAGGAGUGACCUUACGAGAGAUGAAACUCCAGUGCUCUGCGCCAUGUAGCUACGCCAAGCUCUCCAUGUCUCCCUCUGAGCGAGUUUUGCUCGUCGAAUCGCUUCAGAACUUGCAAACACUCACUCUUGAUGCAGUGAAAGGUUCCAUGACGGGAUGGUUCUUCGACCAUCAAGAGGAUGCGAUGGACUUAGUUUCAGAUUUCCUCUCGGCACUCCUCCAGACUUCUGGUCUCGAGAAUCUCAGCGUUUCGUUUUUCAACUUACGCAGUCUGAAUGAACUCCUCGCUGGAGCACAUAACCAGUCUUUAAAACGGCUACAUCUGGUUGGGGCUAGGUUAAGCGCCGGCAAACUUGGCGAAUACCUGGCUCGUGUUCAGGGUCCAUGUGAUGUUGUCUUGGAACACGUGGAAAUACUUGGCGGGAGAUGGGCAGACGAAGCCGAUGAACUGCGGGGCCUAUCAAGAGCCUCAACUACAGUCGUUAAGCCCUUUGGCGACGAGUUUCGUCGCGGGCGGUCUACAAACGUGUGCAAUGCUGAGGAGGAGAGGAUGCUUAACAAUUACCUCCAGAGAGCAAGUUCUGUCAAUCCUCUCAGGAAUAGGAAUAUUUGA